GCACAAGUCUGUCGUGGAAUUCGAACGUCUGCGAGCACGGAGUAUCGAGUAGGGAUGCAGCUGUCGACGUGGCCUUCCUUCUCACGCUGAUCUUGUGGCGGCGAACCAAAAGUUUAGCGAUUGGCGACCAGGUUUCCCUUCCCCUCAAUAGCCCACCUCACGCUUGAGGUUCAAUGGGGCCAGCCUUACUACUGCAGGUCGAUGCUCUUGAGCUGAAAGUCGUCGAGAUGGGGUCCCUUCGACCUUUUCCCGUCCAUCUGUCGCUAUCAACGAUACCUCAAUGUCGGCGUCGCCAGGAACAUGGCUGGCGACAGCGACAAUCGAGACACGGCGCAGGAUACCCUCCAGGCGACUCCUUCCUCUACCAAGUUCAUCAUUCCCAGAUGCCGUAAAUCUUCUCUGGACUUCUACGGUGACUUCGCGAAGCCGCUUGUUACCACAGUACAAAACAGUGGAAGGGAGCCUCAAGGCUCAGCCUCAAGCACAUCCUCUUCAACGACUUCUACGAGACAGUGCCACCUAGGACAUGAAUGCGUCCUCCAGCCACCGCAAGACUUAAAGCCUGCUAUAAGGACGGACAUCGCUUUUGGGGAUGGCCAGGGCACCGUCGGCUAUAUUAGCGAGUUUGGAGAGCUGAUUCAAGUGCGGCGCAUGCUGGAUUUUGGACCACAUGGAGUGAUACAAGUCCGGCCCAACUCGGACACUGUCGAUUUUGACCACAUAAUACAAGGUUCGUGUCCGGGCAUCGGACUGCGUCUGAAUGACCGAUCAGCCGUUGCGAAGGAAGAUUUCCGCCCUGUUUCAUACAUCCAUGACAGAUGGCCGAAGCUCUCAUACACCACAGAAGGGAUCGAAGUCGAAAUGGUGUUUGCCGUGGUGGAUAAGAAAAUUGUGCAUCAAUGCGUGCUUUCUAAUAAAGGCAACGUUAACGCCACAGUUGACCUGGUGUUUGACAUGGGUUUUGCGCUGGAUGCCCCCCGAGACUAUGAUCUACAGUAUCGAAGCGCCACCAAAUUCAAAGGAGGAACCUUGACCUCAGGUAAUACCUGCAUCGUGCUCUGUGGCAAUCCGGGUGGCCAUGCCAGUUUCGGCGCUGCUUUAUAUACCGAUCGCGGCCGUCCGGUACGUCUUAUACCCCUCACUUCGACAGAUCUACUCGGGACCGGCAGCAGUGAGCCAAAGGUUGAUAUUUCUCACCAUGGGGGAGAAAAGGGUCAGGAGAAGGGGCUUCCAAGUGCCCUUUUCCACCUCCUGCCCACUGAGAUUGAAUCGGGUGGGCGACGAGAGCUGACAGCUGUCUAUGAUUUUAAUUGUGAACGGUGGACAAGAGACCAGAUAUAUGAGCUGAAAAUUAUGCGCCCGUUAAGUGAUAAUUUCUAUACAUCACAACGCCACCAAGAAAAAUCAUUCUGGAAAGCCUACAAUGAAGCUAUGGGCAAGGACGACACUGAGCAAGCCAACAAGAUUUUGGAAGAGUGGGUGCCCGAAACCCCGCCAGCUCCUGCACAGAAAGAUGCACAUGAUAGCGCGUCGGAUUCUCUCGAUACGACGGUACCAAAGCCUACAGAGGAUCAGCCACCCUCUGCUCAAGAAGGCGAGCCUCUCAUCAAAUCUCAGGUGCCCUUCCAGAAUCUUGGAGGCGAGAGUCUCUUCUCUCAUCGUCUGUUUGGUCUUGAAUGGAAAGCAAGGUGGUCAUAUCGGGACAUUAUGGAUGCCGAUGUAUUCUGGGAUGUUAUGUGGGGGGAUAAGACCCAAAAAUACAAGGAUGAAAUGGGAGAGCUAAUAGCAGCGAAGUUCACGAAGCUGAGGGCCGAUCCAAAGACUCGUCCAGCUUGUGGGUACGUUGAUGCCCACGAAUAUCUGCGGCUCCAAUGCCCUGGCAGAUGGAUCAAAGGUCUUCCGGACCAGCCAACCGAUUUCCUUUUUCGUCGAUACCUGCAACACAUUCUAUCAGUGGUGCCCAUUGCGGUCCCUUGGAAAAGAGACGCAGAUUGUGCCUACUUCUUCUGUACCGGUGGACUGCAUGAUGUGUCCAUGAAGCCCGCUGCCGCUCUCUAUCAGUUCCGUUUCCUUGGCUGUAUGCAUCGGUUGCUCAUGAGUCAAGAUGGCAUCAUUGAUGACUCGUUGAGGCGCUCGCUACACUCAAACAUUGAGAAACUCUGCAAAGGUCAUCUGGAAUGGUGCUUCGAAGUCGCCCAGAAGACGAAGAGUGGAUUAUGGACCAGCACCUACAAGGCUCUAGGCGCCAAAACGUCCACUGAGGACGACCAUCUCCACAGCGCCAUGAACUUUCAGAAACUGCUUGAUUUCUUCGUGGAGUUCCCCGACAGUCGACCAUUUGUUCUUACCACGCUCAAUAGACGACUUUUGCCUUGGCUCAAGGCACUUCAGGAGACCCGGAACAAAAAUUCUGGCCUCUGGGAAUCAGUCCGAGAGACCAUCCAACUGUCGUGGUGGGAUCCCAAUUAUCGACGGGAUGAGGAAGUAACAAUUCCAAACUACGACUUGUGUGAUUCCGUUCAACAUUGGCAAACUCUUCAGACCGUCUUCAACAUCAUCAACGAAAUGAAGACGGACAACGUAGAUUCCCGAAGAGGUGCCGACGGCGUGGCUGCUGCGACGUCGCUCCAAGCUACGACAAAAGAGCUUCUCGACAGGUUGGAAGAUACGGAUCUCAUGAAAGAGCUAGAUCCUUCUGCUUUUCGGGGAAAGAUACUGGAACGCUUUUCUUUCGACAUCGAGAGAAGCUCUGUCGAGGCCAUAAUUCAAUCUGUCGAGGUCAAAAACCCAGCACCUGAUCCGGCUCCGGUCGUGGAAGUACUGAAGUAUGACAAGAAGAGAAUCCUUGCCAUCAAACGCUGUGCUAAGGAGCGGCCGAGAUGGAACUGGUACGCUGAGGCCAUGGUACUCUGUCCCAAGUUCGAUCUCGGUUUCUUUGAUUCCGAGAAUCCUUCACAGCGGCUUGACGAGUGGUCGAGAGCGGUCGAGGCACAACAGUUUCAGCUCGAGCGGUUUUGGAGGAAGCCUCUCCGAUACGUCUUGGCCCUUAUUCUGGCUUCAGAUAGCAAAGUCUCUCUCGAUACGUCGAAAGAUCCAGCAACAAUGGCCUCUACGUGUCAAAAGAUCCUGCUGGGGUGCGUCUUGAGCAACGGGCUGAUGGCCGAAGAGGUGGAUCCAAAAGACAAGAAGCCUCAAAGUAGACCCCGGAACUUUCCAAGCGCUGUUUUCGGGGUACCCUAUUAUUUGUUCAGGAUGACUUAUGGAGACCUGCUUGGAUUUUUCCCUAGGGAAAUUUCCAAUCCGCCUGGCGGUGCCAAAGACGGCAUCACAUUCGAUGAGAAGCUCUGGAAAAAGGAUUACAAAGCCAUCAGAUCAAGAACGAAAGCCGGCUUGUACAACAUUGCGAGUGUUGACAAGGCCAACGUGGUUGAUCUGGCAGAGAAGUGCGAACCGGAAUGGUUGUUCGACGAUCCAUGGUAUUUUACGAAAGAGGAUCGCGUGACGGGUGGUCCCAAGGGGGAACGUGGUGUUUCCAAAUACACCCAAGAAACAGUGCAAUCGGCACUGAAAGUGUUAGAGGACUUCGAUCCUAAGGAAGGGAACUUCCCCUACGUCGUGUUCAACGAAGUCAUUCAAUUAUACAGCCGCAAUAACGACCAAUUUUUUGCAGAUGCUGACGAUGAGCGGCUUGGAAGUUUAGUUGAUGUGAUCAGGACCGGCAAGCGCCAAUCACAGAUUCUGGAGGAAAUUCCUAAUGCAUGGGAACUUCUGGAGCACAUAUGGAAGCAGAGGACUAAGAACGAUGUGAAGAAGAGACUAAUAUACGUAUACAACUGUGGACCAAGGUUCUCAUUAGCGCUCUAUCUUUCUGUCCCUGAGAGAGAACAAUACUCGAUGGCGACUUUCCUGGCUCGCCACCAGACUCGGGACGUUUUUCAUCGCGAAGAUACACACAAGACCUUCAAUUCUUGGAUCACCGAACUGCACCUAGGAUUCUACAGAGUUAUGACGGACUUGUCGGUUCCUGCUGCCGAUGACGAUUCCGAUGACGAGCGAAUUCCACCCAGCCGGACUAUAUUCUCGGGCAAGCCAUUUCGGCUUCCGGGCGAUGAGACAAAACUCAUUGAGAAAUGCGCAAUUGGAUUCCGUUUUGAUGGCGACCUAUAUGACCGAUAUUGGACUUGUUACGUUGCCUUGUAUUUGCCGCAAUGUGACAAUCAAGAUCGAUGGUUCGCUGAUGUGGACUCUUUCAAGUUGAUGAGGCCCACUGGGGAAGGGAACAAGGACACCCAACACAGCCAGCGAAAGAUUUUGGAAGCCAGGUGGUUUGAGAGAGCGACCAGAAUUAUAUGUGAAGAGACGCAAAACAUAUUGAGAGUCAUUUCCGGUAUUCUCGGUGAGGAUCGCAAUGGACGGUACACUGCCACUUCCUAUGACACGUUCCGGGAGACCUUCGAAGCCAACAAGACCACCUACUCCCGAUAUGGAGAAACGGUCAAGUUUCUCCGCCAUGUUCUUGAGAAUCUUGAAGCGGUCCGAAAUGUUGCCGACAAGUGGGACGACCGAGCAAAUGCACGCGAGGUUCAGCCUCGCUGGACUCGUGACGACGAGGCUGCCUAUGCCAGUGAGAUCUCGAUUUGGCGUCGCCGAGCCCAAGCCAAUGUCCAAAACAUGGCCCAUUUGAAGAAUCAAAUCGAAGCAAGAUUGGACCACAUCAAACAACUUCGAGAGUGGCUUCUUGACGACUUGCAACUCAAAGAAGCAAGAGUGUCAAACCGAUCUGCGGACGACGUGCGGAUUUUCACCUACGCCACCGUCGUUUUCUUGCCUCUCAGUUUCGCGUCAAGCAUCUUUAGUAUGGGCGGAGCUCCCUCACACAGUACCGCGGUCUCAUUUGUGACGGCUGCAAUCAUUGCACUGGUUGCAACCAUUGCGUUUGUCCUCAACGCUGGGACCUUUAUGCGGGCAAUUGCGGCGUGGAAAAUAUGGGUUUUCGAUCUGCCAGAUGAGGCUGGCUUCACGGAGCACUCGGAAAGCCAGUGGCGCAAGGUUGGGCAGAAGUUUGCUGAUUGGUUUGUGCGCUAUCCCUCCCGCCGUGUCCUGGUCGCCUGGAAAGUGGUCAGGAUGAAAGACCAUAAAGCCAGGGUCGGCAAGCUCUUGCUGGGCACCCUUCUGUUUCCUCUUUUCGCCUUCACAUGGGUCUUCGGCUUCCUGGCACUCAACCUAUACGACUUGAUCAAGCUCGUGUUCCUCGAUCUACCUCAGUAUCCACGGAAACGCCAGAGGCAUCAGGCUCAGCUCAAAGCUCCGGAGUCCGUCGUGCAAUCGGUAGACCCUCAGAAGGCGGUCAGAGCCAAAGAGAAAGCCGGCAAGUCCUCCGCAGAAGUCUCCAACGAGAAGGAAGCCCGGAGGCGUGGGGCGGAGAAGGCCAGAGAGAAAUGGCAACAGGAAAGACUCAAGCACUUUAUGCACAAGCCACGCAUCAAGGGCAUCUCGAGGUAUUUGGGCGAAGGGAAGACGUUUCACGAAAUCCAGCAGGCGCACAAGCAAGAGCUGGAAGACAGAAAGACCGAGCUGAAAGAGCGCAGGCAGAAGUACCACCACGCGAUCGAGAGUGUCUCCGAUUUCAGCGAGAGCGAUGAUGAAGACGAAAAGCCUCGCGAACCGCGCGCGCGGAGAAAGGCCCUCGCACGCAUGUUCCGGAGGAGGCGGCAAGAAUCCGAUGUCGAGGCAGUGAACAAUGAAAUUGAGCCCAUUCAGCAGAACGGUGUGAGCGAGACGGCGAAGUAGCACGCUGGGACUUGUUGGAGAUCAUCGGCCUUGGUUGGUUAGUUGGGUAAAAUGCUUGUGGAUGUCCCAGGUAAUAGUAUUAAAUCAAUUAAUUAUGCCGA